GAGGUCUAAUCAGCAUACAACUGCUUGUUAUUAGGUGCCUAACAGUAUUAGGAAAGUAAUGUGUUAACUAUUAGUUGUACUCAGGCAAAAUCAAGAGACGGUCCAAUAAAAACAAGUAACUACUCUUCCAGGCAUUCAUCCAGGCAUUGUUUUGGACAACCUCUGGCCUUCUAGAAUGAGGAAGUAGAAGGAGAUAUUGCAAAAGAAGCAGAAGUUGCAAAAGAAAGCUGUCUAUAAGCACAUGGCAAUGGCCCCUUCUUCAUCUUUACAGCAUGCUUUUAUUUUUAUACUGCUGGGGGGCCUCAGGUCUUUAGCCUUGGACAAAUACACCGCAGCAGUAUAUGAACAUGCAGUCAUACUGCCAGAAUUAACAGAGAAGCCUGUUUCCCCUGAAGAGGCCUUAAAACUGAUGAACCAAAACAUGGACAUCUUAGAAGAUGCCAUCCAAAAAGCAGCAAAGCAGGGAGCACAUAUCAUUGUGACUCCAGAAGAUGGCAUCUAUGGAUUUAACUUCACCAGAGAGACCAUUUAUCCUUACCUUGAGGACAUUCCAGAUCCACAGGUCAACUGGAUUCCAUGUACUGAUCCUGAAAGAUUUGGACCUACUCCAGUCCAAAAAAGACUGAGCUGUCUGGCCAGAAACAAUUCAAUCUAUGUGGUUGCCAAUAUGGGUGAUAAGAAGAAUUGCCGUUAUAUAGACCCAAAGUGCCCCCGUGAUGGCCGCUAUCAGUACAACACAAAUGUUGUCUUUGAUUCAGAAGGAAAGCUGGUGGCACGAUACCACAAGUUUAACCUGUUUAACAUGGAGGAUCAAUUCGAUUUCCCUAAAGAGCCUGAACUUGCAACCUUCGAUACUGCCUUUGGAAAAUUUGGCCUCUUCACUUGCUUUGAUAUUCUCUUCCAUGAUCCUGCUGUAACCCUCAUAACCCAGCUCUCUGUGGACACCAUCCUUUUCCCGACAGCCUGGAUGAACGUCCUCCCACAUUUAACUGCUAUUGAAUUCCAUUCAGCUUGGGCCAUGGGCAUGCGUGUCAAUGUUCUGGCAUCUAAUACUCAUAAUACCAUCUUCAAUAUGACAGGCAGUGGUAUCUACACACCAUCCGGAUCGGAAGCCUAUCAUUAUGAUGCAGAAUUGAUGAAUGGCCACCUUUUGGUUGCAGAAAUCUAUUCCCAUCCUUCUCGUUUUCCCACCCCUCUUCCUACCGUUAACUGGAGCUCGUAUGCCACAACUGUUGAAAGGUUUCCUGAGAACCAGACUUUCUCCGGAUUUAUUUUCCAUGAUAGCUUCACCUUAUGUACCCUUGGAAAAGAAGCUGACAAUCUUACAGUGUGCCAGAAAAGUCUCUGCUGCCAUUUAAGCUACAGGAUGAUGGAACAAAAAGAAGAUGAACUUUAUGUGCUAGGGGCGUUCGAUGGUCUUCAUAGGGUAGACGGACAAUAUUACUUACAGAUCUGCACAUUGCUGAAGUGCGGAAGUACGGAUCUUCAGAGCUGUGGCCAGGCAACCAAGACUGCUGAAUCCUAUUUUGACUUCUAUUCUCUCAGUGGCACAUUUGGCACAAACUACGUCUUCCCAGAGGUUUUACUCAGUGGGAUUCGUUUGGCCCCUGGAAUAUUUCAGGUUUUGAAAGAUGGACAACUGGUCAGUCAGAACGAUACACCUCAGGCCGUUUUAACUGUGACACUUUUUGGAAGAUGGUAUGAGAAGGAUCCUCCACACAGUCACAAUAAGGUUGAAUCCACUAUUCAUCAAAUCAGUUGCUUGAUUCUUUUACUGUUUCAGUCUGUUCUGGGGAUUAUUUAGCAAGAAUCAGUCCUCUAAUCAGAGGGAACCAGAAAACCAGACUUCAGUUUUUUUGUAAUCGAGAAUGAAAAAAAUUCAAACUGUUAUAACACUUUUGUUUGUCGUUAAUUUUCAACCAGGAAGCCAGCUGGGUUGAAUUAUUGAGCCUGUCUGAGAUUGUAAUAUGAAUUAUGCCAACUUUUUGAUUGAAAAUUAUAAUCUAUGCUAGUCAAACCUCACAUAGUUGACUGUGGCCUUCACCCCACCCAUUGUCAGGUGCUCUUUAUUUGAGGCUAUUUUAAAAAUAAGAUAUUUUUAAAAUAGAAGAGAGAAAUUUUAUGUUUGUAAGAAUCAAAAAUGUGUAAUUUCAAUUAAGGCAAUCAAUUGGGUUCUCAGACAUUGAGAAGAAUUUCUAAAUUGACAUGAGUAAUACUUUCUGUUGUAUGAUAAUUAAUAUGGCUAUGCAGAAAAGGAAACUAAAUAUGAAUGAAAAGGUAUGGUAAAACUAUGCUGAAGAAAAAAAUGCCAGUAGAAUAUAAGUGUUAACUAGGAGAUCAUGCAAACUUCAGAUUAAGCAAAAGAGAGAACGAGAGAAAGAAAGGGAGUGAGAAAGGGAGGGAGGGAAGGAGAGAAAGAGAGAGAUUUUUAGAAAAUGAAGGAUCAACCAAAAAUGGAGAGUGAUAAGUUAGAAUGCAUGUAUUCUGCAAACAAAUACUUUUACUUAUGAGCAAACUAAUUCAUAGAAUCUAAUGAAAUGGAAGAAAAAAUAUUCUAGCAUUUGAAUUACCAAUAAUUUUUUUGGUAAUAAAAAAAGCAGGAAAUGGCAAAGAAGCAAAAAUGUUAUUGUAGCGUUAGAGAACUGUUCUUUAGACGCAGGCCCAAGUUACAGAGGUUCUGUGUAUGUGUGUGUGUGUGUGGUGUGUGUGCACGCGCACACAUUUUGUGCAUGUAUGCAUCCCUCGAGAAUCUAGAAGAUGUAAAUUGAUGCUUCCUGUUUGAAAAAUGGGAGUCAUUCUUGACUAAUAAAUAAAAAUUUCAUCACAUGGGGAAACUUAGACAUGUUGCUUUACUUCCGCAUUACAGUGUACAGUGUCAGUGAUAAGUAACAAUCUUAGAUUUGGAAAUCAAUGGUGUAUCCAUUUUAUAUGCUAAGACAGAUCAUUGAUGUGACUGGGGGAGCUGAACUGUGAAAUCCAGUCUGAUAUUGAUCUGAUUGAAGUUGCUGUCCUUGUCUGCCUGUAUUUUAAAUAUUGGCCUUGAGUGAUCCUUAACCAGCUAUCAUAGGCUGGACAUUGCUAUAAACCAAUCUUCCCUAGUAUUCUGCCGUAGGGAUAAUGGUACUUGUAGUCCAACACCUUUGGGAGGAUGCCAAGAUAGGGAGGACCGAAGAAAUCCUUCCUCUGCGAUUUGAUAGAAGAAUGUUAUUUUGUUACAGUCAACAUUGUUUCAAAAUGGAUUGAAUACACACAUACAGACACACAAUUGUUAUGCAAGAAGAAGCGGCAGGAAACCUAAUUUCUUGAACACUGCUAAAACCUUAAAAGGCUAACAAAUCCACUAACCCUGUCAAGGUUAAAUAUGAACAUUAUCACAGUUUAGCAUGCUUCCUUAAAGAAACUUGGUGGAAAGCAUACCUGGCUUUGAAACAUGAAAAUAAUUUGCUAUAGUCCUCUCCUGACCAUAAGAAAUCCCUUUCUUUUUGUCAGUAUGCCUGCAUAGCAACCUUCGGAUGUUGCCAGGAUAAACAAGAAGCACCUGUCUACAGUGCUGUUCCUUAGAAAAGCAGUGCUUUCAAAACCAUGCAUAAUAGCCUUUAACUGAUAAGCUGACAAAUCAAAGCAAAUUCAAAAAAUAUUAGCAUUGCAAAAGGUAAUUAACUCUGUAUUAACCUGGAAAUAUGUCCAAGUUCAGAAUAAAAUAUAAUGGCAACUGAUUGCUUUUGAUAUUGCAAUUCAGUGUAUUCUUUCAUGUGUGUAACUAUUGUUAAAUGUAAUAACUUAUUUCUGAGUAGCACCUUAAUGAUUGCAUUAAACAGCUUGCUACACAAGGGGACAUCUCAUUGCAAUGGGACUUGCCUUCCUACAACAGUGGUUUUCUUCCACACCCAUCUCCAGAUUCAAAGGAAUCCAUUCUACUGAUUGAUACUAUGCUACUGGUAGACUGAAAUUGCUGGGUACAUUUUUCUGUUUGUAAAAUUGAAUCAUAAAACUGCUACAGCACUGUAUGAAAGUAGACAAACUGGUUAUAUGUAAAUCCCUGUCUGCAAACUGCUUUUAAAAUGGCUAUUUUUGGAAACAUCGAUGCAGGUGUUGAGCAAAAUCAUUGCCCGAUUUACCAAUGAAAUAUUAGCUACUGUAUUUUUCAAUCUAUAAAAUGCUCCAGACCAUAAGAUGCACAUAGCUUUGGGGGAGGAAACUUUUUUUAAAAAAAUCUGCCUCUGUCUCCCAGCAUCUAUCAGUAUUCAUCUGGCUAGUGUCCUUGCAGCAAAUAGCAAAAAAACUAGUCAGCUUCAGCAUGUUAUCGCAGCCUGAUUUAGCAUGAGCAGCUGAUUGGUGGUUGAAUUGGCCUCCUGGAAUAUUGCCAAUCAGCUGUUCCAAGCUGCAAGAAUUGCCACCGCCCAUCUCCGCUGUUGCCGCCACCACUUAUUGUCACCUCUGCAUGUUCCAUUUUCGGCCUCCUCAUGCCCUGUUUUCGGCCUCCUGGUUUUUGGCCGCUCCAGGUGGCGGAGAUCAAUGGUGACGCCUAUUGGGGUACUCAGAGGCCGAAAACGGGAUGUGUAAAGGCCAAAAAUGGCUGAAGGGUGGGGGCCGGCGAGUAGGGGGAUAUUUCCACCUAUUUUUUUUUGGGGGGGAAGUGUAUCUUAUAGUGAGAAAAAUAUGGUAAAUAUUAAGAAUUGUAAGCCCUAAUGAUAAACAGAAGGAUGAAGAUUAAAUUCUGUGGAUAUACAAUAGUGAUUUAAGAGUUAUGUUAGUGUAUAAUAUUAUCAUCAAUAUGCUUGAAAUGCUUCUGUAAUUUUGCAGUCCAGGGGCAAACUGAAAUAAAUCAUUCUGCACAUUUUCAUUGUGAUUCGUUUUAAUCAGGAACAAUCAACUCUCUGACAAUUUUAAGUAAGUAAAUUUCAAUAUUAAAUUAGAUUUCAAUAUUUCAUACACAGCAUAAGAAACGUAUUUUCAGGUGUAAGAUAUGCAAAUUUAGUGGUAAUAACUAUCAGCCUAUCUUUGACAUAUUUAUUUUCAUGUUCUUGAUACACAUUUGAUUUAUUUUUUUAAAAAAGAAACCCAUUAACGUCCUCUACCCUGCAAGCAAACUUGCGCCUGGAAAGAUUUAUCAUCAGCUUAUCUUGCUGAAUACUUAAUACUGACGUCAUCAUGUUAGUUAAGACUUUGCAUCAGGCUGCAAAUGAAAUUCAGACUUGGUUGGACUCGGCUUCAGUUAACUGAAGUUGAAUGGCUGAUAAGUGAUAUUUUGGGCUAUUUUGGAUGGAUUGGCAUUCAAGAAAGAUCUUGUCUUAGCUAAUGAGAAUUGUUUUCUGGAGGUAAGAUUUAUUUCUGAUCUGGGGAUUUGGAUGGGACAAAAGUGUUAAACAAAAAAGUUUGCUUAUUAGCAGCGCAGUGACAGAGCCAGAUGGAUCAUUAUUUUUUAUUUUAAACCUAUUAAAAACAUGUCUAAGAUAGCAAAAGUAAGGCUACAAUUAUAAACCUCUGAAAAGUAUAAUUAAUCUCUUGGCAUGAGGAAGUGGUUUAUAGCCUGCCCAGAAUAAGAUGAGUUUAAAUUUAAGAGGAGAUUUAUAAAUAUUCUAUUUUCAAUCUAUUUAGGAAUAACAUUUAAAAUAUUAUUUUUGUGUGUGUGUCUUUGAAUUUGUCUUGACUGAUUGACAAAGUGUAAUAGAGACAGACUAGGUCAAAAUCACCCAGCUGGCUUCAUGCCUAAAGCAGAACUGGCUAUCAAACUCUCUCAGUUUCCAAUCUGAUGCCUCUAAUGUUUUAAUUUA